AUGCCUUUUGGACUCACCAAUGCCCUGGCGGCAUUCAUGGAUCUUAUGAAUCGAGUGUUCAAGGAUUACCUGGAUAUAUGUGUGAUCGUGUUUAUCAAUGACAUCUUGGUAUAUUCUGAAUCAAAAGAAGAGUAUGAGUUGCAUCUUAGAGCGGUUUUGCAACGGUUACAGGAUCACAAGCUAUAUGCUAAAUUCAAAAAGUCCAACGUGGUUGCUGAUGCCUUAAGCAGAAAGGGGCAGAGUCAGAUAAAUACUAUGAAACAAAUCUCCCAGCAGUUAGCAAAUGAGAUUAAAUUGGUUGUAGGGAAGUUAGCUAAUAUUACUCUGCAAUCUACUCUUUUAGAGCGAAUUAAAGAAGUACAAAUGCAAUAUCUAGAGUUGGUAAAAACCCAAGAUAGGGUUUCAGCUGGGAAGGCUAGUGAUUUUUCAGUGGAUGAAAUAGGAAUGUUGCGAUUCGGAAAUCGUGUUUGUGUGCCUAUGGAUGAGAGUAUCAAAAGAGAGAUCAUGGAUAAGUCUCACAUGACUCCUUAUUCAUUUCCUCCAAGGUCACCGAAGUUGUAUCAGUAUUUAAAGGCUAUGUUGUGGUGGCCAGGCAUGAAGAUUGACAUUGCUGAGUAUGUUGUUAAGUGUCUAACUUGUCAGCAAGUAAAGGCUGAACAUCAGAGGCCUGCAGGGUUGCUGCAGCCAUUGAACAUACCAGAGUGA